GGGCUCUUCAUCCGGGUUCUUUCGCUGACCCCUGACGUGAACCCGCAGGAUCGCAAACAUGGCGGAGUCCUCCCUCGGCAAUACGAGCCCAGGAGGUUCAGCAGGUUCCGAUGACCAUGAUUUCGACCCAUCAGCAGAUAUGCUUGUCCAUGACUUUGAUGAUGAGCGAACCCUGGAGGAAGAGGAAAUGUUGGAAGCAUCAGAUGAAACCAAUGCUAAUGAAAUUGAGGAUCUAGCACGGGAGGGAGAGAUGCCCAUUCAUGAGCUUUUAAGUCUGUACGGCUACGGGAGCGGUUCACCAGCAGAUGAUGAAGAGGAGGAAGAUGAAGAACCCGAGGAAGACGACGACGAUGACGAAGAGGAUGAGGAAGAGGACCUUGACAAUGACGAAAGUAGUAGAAGUACAGGGGAGCUGAAAAGAAAUGAGGUUGAAUUGGUAAAAAACUCGUCAGGACCGGGGGAUGAAGUCCAGGCAGUCUCGGAGGUUCGCACUCGACCAGUCAGGUCCCUCGGUACAGCAGAACUGAUUCGCCCACAGAAACUAAAAUACUUUGAAAGUAAUAAUGAUGCAGAGGAAGAGUCAGAUGAAGAUGAGGACUAUGUUCCAUCUGAAGACUGGAAAAAGGAGAUUAUGGUUGGUUCCAUGUAUCAAGCAGAAACUCCAGUUGGUUUGUGUAAAUAUAAAGACAAUGAAAAAGUUUAUGAAAAUGAUGACCAACUUUUGUGGAACCCUGAAUGCCUCCCUGAAGGAAAAGUUGUUGAGUUUUUAACGGAGGCAUCGAGGCGAACGGGAGAGGAGAAAGGAGUCGAUGCGAUCCCAGAGGGAUCUCAUAUCAAAGACAAUGAACAAGCUUUGUAUGAACUGGUGAAAUGUGAGUUUGACACAGAGGAAGCUUUAAGACGACUUAGGUUUAAUGUCAAAGCAGCCAGAGAGGAGUUGUCUGUCUGGACUGAGGAGGAAUGUAGAAAUUUUGAACAAGGACUAAAAGUUUAUGGAAAAGAUUUUCAUUUAAUUCAGGCCAACAAGGUGAGAACUAGGUCUGUAGGAGAAUGUGUGGCCUUUUAUUACAUGUGGAAGAAGUCUGAGCGUUAUGAUUUCUUUGCACAGCAAACCAGACUUGGGAAAAGGAAAUACAACCUUCACCCUGGUGUCACAGACUACAUGGACCGGCUGCUGGAUGAGACGGAGAGUGCAACAUCCAGCAGAGCAGCGUCGCCUCCUCCCACCACAUCCAGCAGCAGCACCAGCCACUCGGAGAGAGAGGACAGCAGCAGCCAGAACGGUAUCGCGGGUCACACUUUGAGCCACACAGUAGACGGUACUCCGUUACCUCCAGCAAAUCCAGUCAAACCCGAACCUCUUCAGUCCAACGGCCCUGCCCAUUUGGUGGCAGAAGCCCCGCCUCCCAUUUCAGACAACAACUCCAACGGCUGCAGCCAGCCCGGCGCCCCCAUCCACGACAGAAACGGUUCUCUGGAGCCGCCGCUGGACCACAGAGACCCCGCCAUGGCCCUCGACCGGCCCGCUAAGAGGUGCAGGACUGAGGCAGAACCGCUGGCCGCGAACGAGGUGGAACCGUCGAGAACGCAGGAGAACUGAAGCGAGUCGAGUUCUAGAAAAGACGCUAAUAUGAGGUGACGUUUGUUGCUACUUCCCUGUUCACAUCCCGGGGCAGGACGACGACGACGACAACUUAAACCUGUUUGGCCUGAGAGCAGAGACUCACUGACUCUCAACGAGGUCAAAGGUCACUGAAAAACACUGUUUUAAGAACAUAGCCAAUGAACUGCAGUGGCCUGGUCUUGCCCCGCCCCCUCUGACCAUCCAUGUACCUGCUGCCUGCAAAGCUCAUCCCAAAGCUCCUCCAUGUCCACCAAAACAUCUUCCAUCAUCUUAUUCCCUUUUGGAGACUGACUCAGAAGAUCUUGCCAAGAAUUUCUUUCUUGUAUUUGUACUCAAAGAAAAUAAAUCACCUGUGAUAUUUUUUUACUCAAGAGAUAUUUAUAUUUUUUAACUAAAAAAAAAAAUCUAUGUUGGGUUUUUGCUGCCCAAGCCAUUUAAGCAUUUGAUGAAACGGGACAUGUUUUAAACAAGUAUGUACUUAAGUUGUCAAAACGAGGCAAGGUAGGCAAACACGAAGAGCAGAUCGGUUCCGGCACCAGGUCGGUUCCGGCACCAGGUCGGUUCGCUGUUGCACUUUGAUUGUAUGUUCGUCUCAUCUUUUUGAUCAGGAGUGGUAUCGAAACCCAGCAGAAUUACACUUUGACUCCUUCACUCCUGAACCCGCUCUGGCCUCGACUGCGGCUCUGACCCUAGAAAUAAACCAGCCGGUUUGUUUGUGUAAAGCAGCUGACAUCAGUGAUGUCCUGUAUUAUAAGUCAUCAUGUAGAAGAUCGCUGUAUUUUUGGAUUUUCAUAGUCAGUGCUUUGCUCAACACUUUGUUUUUACUAGACAGAAUGUCUGUGAUUUUUAAUGUAAAGUUUGUAUAGAUUUCUUACCUUGAGCAGUUGGUACAUUUUGAUAACUAUGUUCAUCUCCGUAUUUUCGGGUCUUCCUCGUACAUUGUGAUUUUUGUUGCUCUGAGAUGUAACAAACAAGUAGCCAUUCCUUUUUUUUUCUCCUCCAUCGGCAGCCCUUCCUACGCUCAUAUCAUUCUGUAAUGUUUGUUUAAUCCGUAAAAAGCUCUUUGUGAUUCAGUGCAGCUUAACUUUAACUGUCUCUGAUCAGUUCGUGGCGUCACAGUUCUGGACUCCAGCAGUUUUACACCACGGUGUAGUCAGUGUGACCUGGAAGACCUAGUUUUAUUUUGUUUUUUUUGGUACAGUAGCAGCUUAAUACCUAAGUGUUUUACUUUGUAUCCCAACUGUCAUAAUUAUGAUAAGUUUGUCUCAAAUAAAGUCGAUCCAUGUAGUCCUUUCUUUUCUUUUGUUUGGAAAAUCGUCUCUUUUGUUUUUCCUCUGUAAAUGAAGUGUAUUCUAAGACUGGCUAUGAAUGGAAUAACAUUGGUUAUAUUUAAUAAAUGUAUUAAU